AUGGAUGUGGACAGACCGAGUGGGACCAAUAGUGGUGCCGGCAAGAAGCGCUUUGAAGUAAAGAAGUGGAAUGCAGUUGCACUCUGGGCUUGGGACAUCAUGGUUGACAACUGUGCCAUUUGCAGAAACCAUAUUAUGGAUCUGUGCAUAGAAUGUCAAGCUAACCAAGCAUCAGAUACCCCCGAAGAAUGCACUGCUGUCAACACACUGUCGGCAGGAGGUUCCCCACUGCCCAAGUUCACCCUCCACCUCAAGGAAGGCUAUCAAAAUAGUGAAGACAACAUGCCAGCAGUGCGGUCUCCUUCCCUGCUUCCUGUGAAUAAAGAAUAA